ACGAGUAGUUGAUGCAGCCCCAUCUACCUUUGCACACCGUGUUCCGCCGCCCCCAGAUUUUCCGAGAGCUUCCACUUUGCUUCGACGCGCCAAAGAUUGAACUGAUCCAGUAACAUUGCCCAUCUAGACGACUCGUUUUCGUUCGGCCCUCACCUAUUCCACAUCCAGACUUAUCUGCCCAUCUCCAUUACCUACCAUAUCGUCCUCUGCCCCCGCUUAUCCUGCAUGAUCUAUAGAAGUGCAUCUUUGUGAUCACCCCGUUCGACGUCAUCUCCUGUCUGCCUUUUCGCAUGACACACGCAUCUCCGCCUUCUCAUCAUGAGCUAUCGACAGCUGGACCUUCGACGCCCUCCGAUGCCAUAGACAUCCAAAGCGACGCCACGACACUACACAGCACUCUCGACGGCCCAGGCGAAGCAAAGGAAUUCCUGGGUCAUCGAGAGAACCCAGCCUCGCCGGAGAAGGACAUCGAUGAACACGCGCCUCAUCACCGCCCUCGAGGAGCUUCAGCAGACGUGGGUGAGGGUACAAAUGGUAGUGUGUCAGGCGCAAAGAAGCGGAAAAAGAGGCCUGGAUGGAAAGGAUGGGCUUUGGUCGUGGAGGAUGAAGCUGGAAAUGUGUUGGAAUACAGGCCAAGGGGAGAAAGCCCUGAACCAGGAGCACAGGAUACGACCUCCGGAGAAGGAUCAGCCGCUGUAGAUCCUACGAUGCGAAAGGCAAAGAGUAUGAGCCCGUUCGUCGGAUCCAGAUCAUCGGGUGCCAGUCGACAAAGCACAGUCACUUCACCUUUGGCCACAUCUCAAGCUUUGGAGAAGACCACUUCAAGGGAUGCACCUCUAAGAAAGCGUAGACGUGGAUCAUCCGCACGCAUAGAUACGCCAACAGCUAGUAAAUCGCCUCUCCCUCAGACCGUCUCCCUACCCGAAUCUGCGCCUUCACCUCCACUCCCACCGACCGCCAUUCCACCCCACGUCAUACCAGCUGAACAUCCUAAAUCUUCCUCCUAUCCAUCCGCUAGCUCGUCCACACCUCGAUCCCGCGUCCGAACCAUCUCGCCUGGUCGUGUCGGAACAUCCCAAGCUAGAGAAGAUGCUCGUGUCGCCAGAGAAGCUAGAAAUGAAGCUCGGUCAAGGGUGUCAACUCCCAUUCUCUCCGCCGUCGUAUUACCCGACGAUGCCCCCUUGCCCCGUGUACCCCGCGCCGGAAUGGGUGAAGCUCACCCUCCGCCGCCAGAAAGUGAUGUCAGGGCAGAGGCCAUGUUUUUGAUUGAAGCGGCCGAACGGAAACGUGAGGAGAAUCGGGCAAGACGGGGCCGGGACGAGACCCAUUCACCGAGAGAGGCCGAGCAUCGCCACGAGUGGCAUGGAGACCAGACUCCCGACGACGAUCAGGCCCGACGAUUCUGGAAGGGACAGAAUGGCAACGGAUCUCGAGCAAAUGGCGUUUCUGAUCACGACUGCCCAUCUCGAUAUGGCUCUAACGGCCAGCCCUCGCGUCCAAUGAAGUCUCACGAAGCUUCUCAGAACGGUCACAACUGGGCUGACGAUUUCGAGGCUCAAUUCCACGCAAUACAGGAGGAUUAUGCGCGUCGAGAAUCUUCCUAUCGAGCUGCUGCUGCUGCUGCUGCCGACGAGGAGUCUACUCCGUCCGCCUCAAAUCAAGAAGCUGCUCUGGGGCGCGGUCUGAACGACGUGAGACCGCCGAAAUUCCACGAUGGUCAAAGGCCGACUGUGAUUCUCACCAGUCAAGUGAAACGAUCUCGAGAUCGAUUUGAGAGGGAUCACAAGGAUGGGUACGAUGGACUGACACCGGAAGUUGUGGCAGACUGCGAUGGAUUUGUGAAUAACGUCAGGGACAAUUUACGCAACAUUGUCGUCUACUUCUUGCCGCAACCUUCUGCUCGACGCGAUGCCUUUUUGGAACGGGUCGGCAGAGGAUUGGUAGACCUUGGAUGGCAAUUGACAGAUACAGGCGAUGCGGCGCUUUGAGAUGUGGACAUGGUCUGAUUAUAGUGUCUUGUCUCUCUGACGUGCAAUGUAUGUGUCUCAUGCGCCGACGUGUGAUUCAGUGUAUCGGUGGCGACUGAUCCACACAAAGCCCAGCUGUCUCAUG